AACACUGAAUGAGAAAUGACCCCACCACCAUCUGAGGAGACAAAAUGAAACCAGUGGUGGCGACUGGCGAUGGCGAGUGCCAACCCUCGAUCCAGUGGCUGCCACGCAACACCUAGAAGUAAAUUUAGAUUCUCCGGGCCGUUUCAACUCUUCGUAAUGGUGUAAGAUCGCUUUGCCUUCUCUCUCUCUCACAUGUAUUUGCUUUUGCUUCUGUGCUACUCCAUUAAUGACCCUCUGUCUGAGAGCUUCAAAAGCUUCGGCUACCAUAAACCCUACCCGUUCUAUCAAGGUACGCCUUCUCUUCCCAUGUUCCUUCUCUUUUCAUGAUUCCACUUCAAACCAUUCAGCUCCACCUUUCUCCGAAACCCAUUUCCAGGACGUCAUUUCCAAAUCAAUUCGUGAAAAACCCUCGAAUUUUUCCAAUUAUUACUGGCUCUCCCACCAGUUUGGACCCGUAAUUGUCGACCCCGACUUGUUUGUUCGCGUAUUGAGUUCGUUUAGGACGAGCCCACGCAUGGCUUUGCGGCUCUUCCGAUGGGCGGAGAGCCAACCAGGGUUUCGCCGGUCGGAGUUUGUGUUUUGCGCCAUUCUUGAAAUUCUUGCACAGAAUAACUUGAUGCGAUCAGCCUACUGGGUGAUGGAGAGAGUAAUUAGUGCAAACAUGCAUCGAAUUGUGGACGUUUUGAUUGGCGGGUGCGUGAGUUCGGAGGUUUCGGUUAAGAUUCUCGAUCUUUUGAUAUGGGUUUACUCUAAAAAAUCCAUGGUGGAGCAGUGUUUGUCGGUUUUUGAUAAAAUGAUAAAAAGUAGGUUGUCUCCGGAUGUCAAGAAUUGUAAUAGAAUACUUAGGAUACUUAGAGAUAAAGAUCUUAUGAGCAAAGCUGUAGAAGUUUAUAGAACAAUGGGUGAGUUUGGGAUUAAGCCCACUAUUGUUACAUACAAUACUUUGUUGGAUUCUUAUUGCAAGGGAGGGAAAGUGCAGCAAGGACUAGAUCUAUUAUCAGAGAUGCAAAGAAGAGGGUGUGCUCCAAAUGAUGUUACUUAUAAUGUGUUGAUAAAUGGGUUGUCAAAAAAAGGGGAAUUUGAGCAGGCCAAGGGAUUGAUUGGAGAGAUGUUAAAAACAGGGUUGAAGGUUUCAGCUUAUACUUAUAACCCUUUGAUUUAUGGAUAUUUUAACAAGGGGAUGCUGGCUGAGGCUUUGAGCCUUCAGGAAGAGAUGGUGCUUAAAGGAGCUUCUCCUACAGUGGCAACUUAUAAUUCAUUUAUAUAUGGGCUUUGCAAGUUGGGAAGAAUGAGUGAUGCUAUGCAACAGUUGUCUGACAUGUUGGCAAAUAAUUUGUUGCCAGAUGUGGUUUCAUACAACACUCUUAUUUAUGGGUAUUGUAGGUUGGGCAACUUGAUGAAAGCCUUUCUGUUAUUUGAUGAGUUAAGGAGUAUAUAUCUCUUUCCUACUAUUGUUACCUAUAAUACCCUUUUAGAUGGUCUUUGUAGGCAGGGGGAGUUGGAGGUUGCACAGCAGCUCAAAGUAGAAAUGAUCAAUGAAGGGAUAGCCCCUGAUAUUGUUACUUACACUAUUUUAGUAAAUGGGUCUUGCAAGAUGGGGAGUUUAUCGAUGGCUCAGGAAUUCUUUGAUGAGAUGUUGCAUGAAGGGCUGGAGUUGGACUCCUAUGCAUAUGCAACUCGAAUAGUGGGUGAACUGAAGCUUGGUGACACAUCCAGGGCAUUUAGUCUGCAAGAAGAAAUGCUAGCAAAGGGUUUCCCACCUGAUUUGAUCAUCUAUAACGUUGUUGUGGAUGGACUUUGUAAAUGGGGCAAUUUGGAAGAAGCAUCUGAACUGUUGCAAAAGAUGGUUAGUGAUGGUGUAAUUCCAGAUUAUGUAACAUAUACUAGCAUCAUUCAUGCACACUUGGAAAAUGGUCGUCUCAGGAAAGGCAGAGAGAUCUUCUAUGAGAUGCUGAGCAAAGGCCUAACACCUUCAGUUGUGACAUACACAGUAUUGAUUCAUGGACAUGCUGGUAAAGGGAGGCUCGAACGGGCAUUUAUAUAUUUCUCAGAAAUGCAGGAGAAGGGUAUUCUGCCAAAUGUGAUCACCUAUAAUUCUCUGAUAAAUGGUCUUUGCAAAGUAAGGAGAAUGGAUCAGGCCUACAAUUUUUUUACUGAGAUGGUAGAAAAGGGAAUACUCCCUAAUAAGUAUAGCUACACCAUCCUGAUAAAUGAGAACUGCAACAUGGGCAAUUGGCAAGAAGCUUUAAGUUUGUAUAAACAAAUGCUAGAUAGAGGAGUUCAGCCUGACUCUUGUACACAUAGUGCACUACUGAAGCAACUAGGCAAAGACUGUAAACUGCAAGCAGUCAGGCAACUUGAGAGUUUAUUAGACAGUGAAUAAACUGCCAAUACAAAGCCUUGAUGAAAACUUAGGUAGCUUUUUUGGUUUCUCACAUGAUUGGGAUGGGUUCCAUCUUCUUCUUGGAGGAAUUAUUUCAUUUGACUGUGAAGUUGGAAGGUCAAGGAGCUAUUCACUUCAUUUUUUUAUUCAUUUCUGGAAGUUAUGCUGUAAAAUUGGAGAACAUUCCUUGGAUUGGACCAUUCAUUUUACAAAACAGAGGCCAAAUCUGUCACAUAAAUUCUUUGACAGGUACUGCUGAAAUUCCUAAACAAGUUGAGCUUUUCAAAUAAAUCCUGGCAAAAAAUUUUCUGUUUUCUGUUUUCUUUAUAUCUCUCUCUCUCUCUCUCUAUAUAUAUAUAUAUAGAGAGAGAGAGAGAGAGAGAAAGAGAGAGAGAGAGAGAGAGAAGGGAGGGGUGAAGGGGGAAGGAGAUGUUCCUUCUUGGUGUAUGAGUUGCUGUGAUUAUGGAAUGUAGUCCUAGUAAUAUUUUCCAUUGUUAGUAAAUGUGCCUAGACUUUUUCAGAACUGAUUCCAAAGGUAUGGACCCAUUUGUGAUAUAAGCAUUUUGUAAUUGAGAAAUUACUUGUCUUACCUUCAACCUUUUUCAUGAUUGCACUUCAUUAUACUCAUUGCUGAUUACAUCAGUGUAUUCCAAGUCCUACCACAUUAUCUGUUGGGGUCACUUCUCAUUGUCUGUUCUAAAUAAAUACCAAAAGGAAGUCAUUCUUGUUCUAACCAACUCUUGUUGUCUAUCACUUGACUUAGAAAAUAGCUUCAAAGGUUGCUCUACAUGAAUGAAUUGUAACCUAUUUUGUGAAUUGACUGUUUGAAACUAGCCUAGUUGGUACCCCUUUACCAUAUGCAAAUUUGUUUGCUGUGCUGCAGGCCUAAACUUCUUUGCAUUCCCUCUUCUCUUGCAAUUAGCAAUCAUGGAACUUUGGUAUGUGCAAAACCACCUUUAUUGUUUCCGCAUAGGCAGCCUCUGUAUGGUCUGCCAUCAUUGGUAGUUGGUGCAAUAGUGGAAACUUUAAUAACUAUUAUCAGCAAAAGAAGAAGGCUGAAUGUCUUUGUGUUGGUUAAACUGAGUUUUCAAUUUGUGGCAAUUCAGUGCUUUCUUAAUAAAACUUUACUAACAGUUGUUUCUUAAAGGUUAAUUCUGUCAA